CCAACCAGGUGGAAAAAGCGUUUCGGGUCGCGUGGUGGUGAAGAGGAGAGCUGGGAGAAGAGAGGAGACGGAAGACUAAGGAGAGGGGGAAGGAAGGAGGUGAAAAGAAUGCGGCUGUUGGAAUCUCAGAUCUGGAAGAGGCUGUAAAGAUGCCUCUUUGUUUAUAAUCUCUAAUUGCCGAGGAACCUGAAGUUCAGAGUUCACCAGUGACUGACUCGGGACGUGUAAAAUGGCAAGACACCCCGGUAGAAGACCUCCGCUUUCCUGACUCAGUUUCCUGUGCCUUGAAAAUGUCAGCUAAGGCAGCCCUCGUGAGGCCGGGGGAAGAAGGAGGCGUAGCCCCCUGCGCUCGGGAGGUCCAGGGCCCAGGAGGGAGAAAAAGGAAGACGAGGACGAGGGGGGAAAUGGAGAAGAGAAACCGAACUGAGGAUGUGUCCCGAGUGAAUCAAUGGACGUCGAGCCCGCCAAGCACAUUCCCUCCUAGGGACCUGUGGUGGCGUUUCCUGGAAUGCUCACUCAGGUAUCUGCACCAGCUCAAGUGUCUGCUCAAAAGUGACCUCUCCGGAAAAAACAACUCUGACCAUCCUAUCCAAGGUUCCUUAUAUUACAUGGCAGGAGGGGGGAUAAACUGAGGGAUGCUGACAACAUCAAUAAAUUAAUCAAGAGUUUUCCUCAUAUCUCAGAACCUAUCCUUAGUAAGAAUGUCAGAUAAGGUUGACUGGUUACAAAGUCAAAAUGGAGUAUGCAAAGUUGAUGUCUAUUCUCCUGGAGACAGCCAAGCCCAGGACAGGAAAAUGGACACCUCCACGGAUCCUGUCAGAGUGCUCAGCUGGCUCCGCAGAGACCUGGAGAAAAGUACAGCAGAGUUCCAAGAUGUUAGGUUCAAGCCCGGAGAAUCAACGUUUGGCGGGGAAAUGUCCAACUCAGGAGACCCACACAAAGGUUUCUCUGUAGACUAUUACAACACCACCACCAAGGGCCCUCCAGGGAGAUUGCAUUUGGAGAUCACUCACAAAGAGAAUCCUUUCCAGGGCCCCAGGGCCCAGCUUGGCAAUGAGAGUUCAGUAGAUGAAGUUUCCUUCUAUGCUAACCGCCUCACGAAUCUAGUCAUAGCCAUGGCCCGCAAAGAGAUCAAUGAGACAAUCGAUGGCUCUGAAAACAAAUGUGUCCAUCAGUCAUUGUACAUAGGGAAUGAACCCAUCCCCACCAAAAGUCUCAGUAAGGUAGCAUCAGAGCUGGUGAAUGAGACCGUCUCUGCAUGUGCCAGGAAUGCUGCCGCAGACAAGGCUCCCGGCUCUGGAGACAGAGCAUCAGAAUCAUCACAAAAGCCCCCACAUUUGAAAUACAAGUCCACUUUGAAGAUGAAGGAGAACACCCAGGAAAGACCAGGUCCAGAGGACAAGCCUGAUUCUAAGAAGUCUUUCUUCUAUAAGGAAGUGUUUGAAUCUCGUAAUGCGGAUUAUGCCCAAGAGGGUGGAAGGUUCUUUCCUUGGGAGAGAAAGAUGUUUCGAGGGCGGGAAAGGGCUGAUGACUUUACAGCUUCAGUUAGUGAAGGGAUCAUGACCUAUGCUAACAGUGUGGUAUCUGAUAUGAUGGUCUCCAUCAUGAAGACACUGAAGAUCCAAGUGAAAGACACAACCAUCGCCACCGUCCUGUUGAAGAAGGUUCUGCUUAAGCAUGCAAAAGAGGUGGUCUCAGAUCUCAUCGACUCCUUCAUGAGGAACCUCCACAAUGUCACAGGGACCCUCAUGACCAACACAGACUUUGUCUCGGCUGUAAAAAGAACUGUCUUCUCUCAUGGAAGCCAAAAGGCCUCAGAUAUCAUGGAUGCCAUGCUAGGGAAGCUGUACAAUGUGAUGUUUGCGGAGAAAGUCUCUGAGCAUAUCAGGAAAGCCAAAGACAAGGCUGAGAGUUAUUCCUUCCUUUCCAUGAAAGGAAUGGGUGAUCCUAAAAAACGAAAUGUGAACUUUGCCAUGAGAUCUGAAGCUAAAUUGAGAGAAAAAAUGUAUUCUGAAGCCAAAUCAGAGAAGGAGAAGACUUGCGCCGAAACUCUGGGUGAACACAUUAUCAAAGAGGGGCUGACUUUGUGGCAUCAAAAUCAGAAAGAAUGUAAAUCUCCAGGUUUCCAGCAUGCAGCCUUUGAAGCUCCCGACGCACAGUGUAAGCCUGCACCAGACAUUUCCUUUGAGUACCCUGAAGAUAUUUGCAACCUCAGCCCUCCUCCAUGUCCCCCAGAGAAACCUGAGAAUUUUAUGUUUAAUUCAGACUCCUGGGCCAAGGACCUGAUAAUAUCUGCCCUACUUCUGAUUCAAUAUCAUCUGGCCCAGGGAGGAAGAAGGGAUGCACAGAGCUUCCUUGAAGCUGCUGGAACCCCCAACUUUCCUGCCAACAAAUCUUCUGUAGUUCCUGAUGAAUCCUGCCUGAAGACUGCUCACAAUGUUGAUGACCAAGAACAAGCAGAAAAGAAGGACCUAAUGAGUGUUUUCUUCAAUUUCAUCCGGAACCUACUUAGUGAGACCAUUUUCAAGCGUGGCCAUUGCUCUGAACCCAAGGUGCCAGAACAACAAGUUAAGGAAGAUAUAAACUUGUGUGAAAGACCUUUAACCUCUUCACCCCCCAAACCAUGUGAAGAUGAUGAGACCCCUGGUGCCUUUUCUGGGCUGACCAAGAUGGUUAUCAACCAGCUAGAUGGCAACAUGAAUGGGCAGAUGGUAGAACAUCUGAUGGACUCAGUGAUGAAGCUGUGUCUCAUCAUUGCCAAGUCCUGUGAUACUUCUUUGACAGAGCUGGAAGAUGACAAGUCUGGAGAUGCCAGCAGGCUAACGUCAGCCUUCCCAGAUAGUUUAUAUGAGUGUUUGCCAGUCAAGGGCACAGGGACAGCAGAAGCUCUUCUGCAGAAUGCCUAUCAAGCUAUCCAUAACGAACUGAGAGGUUUGUCAGGACAGUCCCCUGAAGGGUGUGCACCACCCAAGGUGAUUGUCAGCAAUCACAACCUGAUAGAUACAGUUCAGAACAAGCAACUCCAAGCCGUCCUUCAAUGGGUAGCUGCCUCUGAGCUUAAUGUCCCUAUUUUGUAUUUUGCUGGUGAUGACGAAGGGAUCCAGGAGAAGCUACUUCAGCUCUCGGCUGCUGCUGUGGACAAAGGAUGCAGCGUGGGUGAGGUUCUGCAGUCAGUGCUACGCUAUGAGAAGCAGCGCCAGCUGAAUGAGGCAGUGGGGAAUGUCACGGCACUGCAGCUGCUGGACUGGCUGAUGGUGAACCUGUGAUCAGCAACCCCACCGCCUUCCCCUCUUCCGGCAGCGGGCCCGGCCCUUAUCCCCACCCUUCUUUCUCAUUUCCACAGCUCCCCUUCUAUAUCCUUACAGAGCCCUAACAUUAUCUUCAUAUCACUCUCAUCAAAGACAUGUCAUCUUAUGCUAGUCACUGGAUUUUGCAGAUUUUCCUGUCCAUGAGUGCAAGGACGUAAAAUUAAAAAAACUACAACUAAAUGGC